AUGAGGACAAUUUCCGAUCUUCCAGGGGAUUUGGUAGAAGAGGAGAUAUUCUCUAGGGCUCCGAUCACAUCACUGAGAUCAGUGCGAUCAACAUGCAAAAAGUGGAACUUUUUAUCUAAAAAUCGGGUUUUUUUUGGGAAAGAAGCAGCGGCAGCAGCAAGGAAGCAGUUCAUGGGGUUCAUGAUGAAGGAUUCGAGGGUUUGCUUGAUGAAACUUGAUCUCCAAGGAAUCGGCAACAAGGGCGAGUUGGUCUAUCCAUGUAUAAAACAAGUAAGCGUACUUGAUCAAAUCAAGAUAUUUAGUGUAUUUCAGUCUAGUGGCUUACUGCUCUGCGUCCUUAAGGACAUGUCGAGGCUCCUUGUAUGGAAUCCCUAUUUGGGGCAAACGAGGUGGGUCGAACCCAGAGACAAGUUCGAGAGUGGAGACAAGUAUGCUCUCGGAUACGGAUACGAUGACAAGAAGAACCGUAACCACAAGAUCCUGAUGAUUUUCUAUGAGUAUGAUCCGAACCGUAGCAGACACGUUUCCAAGUCGGAACUCUACGAUUUUAGCUUGGAUUCAUGGAAGGUUUUCGAUGCGACUCCCGAGUGGGACAUAUGGGGUCAUCAACGCGGCGUAACUUUGAAGGGGAAUGCUUAUUUCCCUGCUCAGAAGAUGAUAGAGAAGAAAAGGGUUGGAGGUUUUAUGCUCUGUUUUGAUUUCACAAGAGAGAGCUUCGGACCGCUUCUGCCUCUGCCGUUUCACGCAGUCGGUGGAGAAGUUUUCGCGUCUCUGUCCUGUGUCAGAGAAGAGAAGCUUGCGGUGUUGUAUCGAGGCUGGGAGAAGAAUGAGCCGGUCGAGAUUUUUGUUACGGAUAAGAUUGGUCCGGAUGUUGUGUCGUGGACAAAGUUUCUGACACUGCUCCCUGGCUUUUUUGUUAACCAUAGUGCUGGCAGUUUUUUCAUUGACGAGGAAAAGAAAUUUGCUGUGGUUUUGGUUCUACAAAAUACCAAGGCCUGUCGCUACCAUAUAGCUCACAUAAUCGGACAAGAUGGAUACUUGGAAUUAGUGAAUCUCGGAGAAGCUCCUUGUCUCGGACCUAUAUCCGGAUGGGAACCUGGGAUAUAUUAUACCCCACUGGUGUGCUCUUCGUAUGUUCCAUGCUUGGAUGUACUAGAAUCAAUAACAAAGUAA